AUGAAGAAUAUUAGUAACUCCGUAUUUCCAUUGGAUGAAAUUCAAAAGUCUGAUUUAAUCGAGCCGUUUAAACUCUCCAGAUCAGUAGCCCACAAUCCAAAAGUUUUACGAUAUAAUUGGCAAUCGUUGGCUUUGGCGGAACCGAGAGAAAAUACGGAUUUUAAACCGCCAAAUGGCAGUCUGCAUAGAUCGUCGUACAAAAGACUGGGUCCUGAUGAACCAAAAACUGGGAUAUCAGAGACACAUAGAAGACUGAAAGAGAUAGAUUUAAAGAACGAUUAUAUCUCUAUAUUCCCACAUCGCAGUACGAUGAAUAUGUUUUCCUUUAAUCUCACUGAGUGCGUUUGCCAUCCAAUACGCAAUUAUUAUCGCACGACGUCCAAGACCGAUUAUCCUCUUCAUUUCCCUAUGAAGCCAUGGCCGUCUUCCUCCACAGACAAACCAUGGCUGCUUUACAGACGUACAAUGUCGUACACGGAUGAAGAAUUGUCGGAAAGAAAUUGCAUCGAUAAAUUUUAUGACGAGAAUAUGAGAAUACACAAUGAAAUUGCUGUCAUGAAAUUAGAACGGUAUCGAUCCUACGAUCCUAUUUCUAAAGAAUUCACUGAUCCCUGUAAACUUGCUGAAUAUAAAUUUCAUGCUUCGAAUUAUCCAACACUCUUGUCUUUACUACUGCAACAAGAGCGUGUAUAUCCGAUAUAUUUUUUAUCGCUGGCAGGAAGGAAGUGAGCCAGUGAGCCAAUUUGAUAUAGCUAUCAGGUUUCUAUUUUUCAGUUACACUACGAGGCAUAAAACGAUUCGCAUUAAUAUUUUAUAUUAUAGAUUCAUGAUCUUCCAAGCUUCCCAUUCUAAUGAACCUAUUGAAUCAUUGUUGUAAAUUGCAUUCGAUUUUGACCAUUGCUAGAACUGAAAUGCCCGUUCAAACGAUAGAACACCGAUAAAACCUUUCGGUUACAUAUAAUUUUUAUACCCCAAGUGACCCAUAGUUACCUGCGAACAAGUUAUAACACUGGGAAAGGGAAGAGGGGAAUCCCGCGAAAUAUGCGGGUACGAAAAUUAAGGUACGCAUAAGUUUCUCGGAAAAUUUAUUAUUGCGCACCUGCACCGCUAAAAAGAUAAUGGAAGGAUUAUCUACCUGAUUUUUGUGUUUCGAGAACCGAUCAGAGUGUUGACCUGACACAAUUUACAUAUAUUGAACUGCAAACGGCAAUAAAUCCUGACGAAUAUUUCUUCAACUGCCACAACUGCCUCGGCCGUGCGGAGGUAAAGA